AUGGCAACCGCAGAAUUAGGUGAUAAGCAAGCAAAAUAUAUGAAAGGAUACUAUAUUCAACAAAAAUUGAUUAACAUUAAUUUAGAACAGGCAGUAAAUGAGAAAUUAGUAGCAGGAUUAUAUAAAGAAGCAGCGGAUUCAGGCGAUGCAUUUACUGAAGCUCAAUUACGUUAUGGUGGUUUGAUAUUUAAGGGUAUAGGAGUUCAAAAGGAUUUAAAAGAAGCUGCUUUAUAUUUUACCAAAGCCGCUGAAAAUGGCCAAGUUUUGGUAUGUUUAAUGCAAGCUACUUUAUAUAUCACUGGUGGUGCUGGAGAAAAUGAUACAGAAUUAGGUACAAAUUAUAUGAGAUUAGCCGCUUAUAAACAACAUAGACAAGCUAAUGAUUAUUGCAAGAAAAUAACAUUCCUUUUUAUAAUGCCUACAAAUGAACAUCCAGAUGUUAAAAAACCAGUUGAUGGUUCUCAAAAACAAUCAAGUGGCUUAAUAAAUGCUGAAGUAUUGCUUGAAAAUACUGGAGCCGUUGCAGAAUCAACGCUCAACUUAACUUCAGCAGCGAUUACUGGAGCACAAUCCGCAUUAAACUUGGCAGUUCCAUUUGUAAAUUUCUUACCACUUAUUACAGAAGUAGCCAAAAUAUACAACGAAAUAGUGGAAAUCUAUCAAGCAGCGGAACAUAAUAAAAAAAUAUGUGGGAUAUUGUUGGAUAGAGUCCAAGUAGCUGAUGCGGACGUUAAAAAUUUAAAAAAUCGUAGGGAUGAAAACGUAAAAUUUUUUUCAGAAAAAAAUUUAUUUAAUUUAAAUAAGUUACUUAACGUUAUUGUUAAAAUUCGUAAAUUUGUUGAGGAAAUUUCUCAGUUAAAAGGGUUAAAAAAGUAUAUUCAAGCAAAAAAUAUUGAAAAACGUGUUAAUGAAUUAAUGAAUGAGUUUGAUUCGACUAUACAACUUCUGCAAUUUUCUUUGAUGGUUGACUUUAGCAUAAAUGCUGAUAAGGACAACAAAGAUAUUAAGGCUGAUGUCGAAGAUUUAAAUCAGUAUCUUAAAGAUAUUGGUAGCGGUAUAACUGACGUAAAUCAAAAUGUCUCUGAAAUUGUCGUGCAAAUUAAUGCGCUUCAUACUACGGUGAAUCAAAUGGCACAAGCAAAUUCACCAGAUCAAUCAGAUGUAUUCCAAAGUGAAUUACUUGAAUAUAAUGAUUUUGAAGAAGAAGGUAAACCUAUAGAAAAUCAAAAUGUAAGAAAAUUUAGGAGAAAAAAACUGAACGAUUAUGUUGCAUUAAAGUUAGUGGCUGAUCAAAGUAGCACCGACGAACAGAAAGCUAAUUUUAAACGUCAAGUCACAAUUUUGAAAAAAUUGAAAGAAUGUCAUUUUAUUCUUCAAUUUCAUGGUUUAUCUUCAUAUGAUGAUAAAUUUUAUUUGGUGACGGAAUGGGCUGAUUUUGGCAAUUUACGUGAAUAUUAUCAUAAAUAUUCACUUGAUGUUAAGCUGAAAUUAAGAUUUGCUCUUGAUAUUGCUAGGGGCUUAAAUUUCUUGAGCGCCGUUUCGAUCGUUCAUCGUGAUAUAAGAGCCGACAAUAUCUUAAUUACCGAUCAUGAAACUGCCAAAAUUGCAAAUUUUAAAUCAAGUCGAGCGAUAACCGAUAGUACACAAAAUCAAAAUGCAACACUAGAAGCUAUACGAUACUGCGCUCCGGAAAAAUUAACGGGAAAAUAUAAAUAUAAAUAUGAUACCAAGUGUGAAGUUUAUAGUUUUGGUAUACUUCUUUGGGAAAUUGCCGAAGGAAAAAUUCCUUUGGAGAAAUUUGGUGAAGAUAUUCUUGCUAUUCAAGAGCAAGUUUGCAUCAAAAAUUACCGUGAAACGUUUUCUCUCGGUUCCCUUUUACCAAAAGAAUAUCGUGAACUUGCAGAAAUAGCUGUUCAUCACGAUCAUAACUUUCGACCUCAAUUUUCAAAGAUCUUUACCAUACUACAAGAUCUUCAUACAAAAGGUUGUAGACCAACACCAUCACCCCAAAUUUAUGCUGCGGCAGACCAUCCGGAGAUUUCUGACUCCUUUAAAUUAUCAGGUGAUGAAGCAGAAGACUUGGAAGACUUGGCCAUAACAAGUUUUAAAGAUUUUAAUUAUAUGACAGUAGAUGAAGCAGCAAUUCAACAUAAACUUUCUAAAGGCCAAGGAAAUUGCGAAUCAGCUUACAAAUGUUUUGAAGCAUAUGCAGAAUUAGGUGAUAUUAAAGCAAAAUAUAUGAAAGGAUACUAUAUUCAACAAAAAUUA